GUCCAGCAGUACCAGCAAAGACAAUCCAAUUCUGAUAAUUAUCCUAGAGUAUUGGAUAAAUAUAUGCCAGAGAGGCCUCCAGAUGGGUAUGGGGUAAAUUCUGAAAGGUACAUUCAUGCUGAUCUUACAAAUCCAACUCCUUCAGCCAGUCAAAUUACAGAAUCUCUAGUCAACGAUCUUUACAAAAAAUUAUCAGAUGA